AUGGUAGAGUUUCACCCUUUCCUCUUUGAGAAGCUCCUUCACAAAGAACCAACACAUAUCCAUCCACCUGGUGGCCAGCCCUGGCAGCUUGUGCUGGCUCAAUCUGUGGCCCCAGUUAGGGGGAGAUUUUUGCAUGGAGGAUAUGCGGCUCGCCCAAAGGUCAGCCCAUUUCCAAAGGUGGGUAUCCUGGUACUGUUCCAUUUCUUCUUUGAAGUAAAUGGCGAAGAUGUGGUCAGGGUGUGGACCAAUGAGAAGAUUUUCAAGCUGCGCAGGUUGCCGCUCCACAUUAUAGCUAUAAGCCAUGCAUAUAAGCUUGAUGACAGUGGUCAGCAUUGA